AGUCUCUUAAAUUCGAUAACAAAUAAUAAAAAUAAUACCUGCUAGUCCAACCAAAACAAACCUAACAGACAUCUUCCUCAACAAACAAACCUUUUCCCAAUUCUAAUUUCUCCAUUCUCAUCUGCUAUGGCCACCAAUGGUGCUUCUCCGAGGCCCGGGGAUGCCGAGAGUAGCUUGGAGAAGAUCAAGCGGCAGCUAGCUUCAGGUUCUGGUCGGAAUCUGCUCCAGGGUCCACUUCUUAAGCGCUCCGAUACGCUUAGAAAAUGGAACGAGCGAUGGGUGAUCCUAGAUCCAACUACAGGGAAAAUGGAAUACAAGAUCAGGAGAAAUGAGCCGACUGUCAAGGGAACUAUUAUAUUUGAUGAGAAUAGCACGAUUACUGUAUCUCCUGUUAACUUCCAUGGGCUGCCAAAGUACGAUGGCUGCUGUAUAUAUAUAGGAACUCCACAAAAGACAGACUACUUCCUCUGUGCUGAGACACCUGGUGCGGCUAGAGCUUGGGUAUCAACUUUACAGGCAACACAGUUGGUUCUAAAGGCCCACAAAGAAGCUGUAAAUUCAUUAAGUGGCAAUGGUUCUGCAAAAUUAGGAACUGUUGCAACAGUAGUAGCUGCUGCCAAUUCGACUGCCGCAGAAUGUUCAAAAGAAAUUGAAGCAGCAAUGCAGAUUUCUCUUAGAAAUGCUCUUGGUAUGAUGACAAAUAAGAUUGGGGAUGGGCCAAUGGAUGAUUUUUCAAUCAUGAAGGAAACACUGCGGGUUAAGGAUGAAGAACUUCAAAAUUUAGCUCGGGAGCUUCGCUCAAGGGAUUCAACAAUAAAGGAAAUUGCAGAUAGAUUAUCGGAGACUGCUGAAGCUGCAGAGGCUGCAGCAUCCGCAGCUCAUACAAUGGAUGAGCAAAGGCGAAUUGCUUGUGUAGAAUUUGAUCGCAUAAUAAAAGAAUUAGAGAAGCAACUAGAGUUAGCCAGAUUAAAGCUAAGAGAGUCUGAAGACAAAGUUUCGUCCUUGAGUAAAGAAAGAGAUGACUUGAUUAAGCAAAGAGACUCUGCAAAUCAAGAGGCACAUAUGUGGCGUUCUGAGCUUGCCAAAGCUAGAGAUCGCGCAGUAAUUUUGGAAGGAGCUGCUGUGAGAGCUGAGGAGAAAGUAAGGGUUGCAGAGGCAAAUGCUGAAGCUAGAUUAAAAGAGGCAGCAAAUAAGGAGAGUGCUGCAUUAAAGGAAAAGGAAGACCUUCUUGCAUAUGUAAAUAAGUUACAAGCACAACUUCAAAGACAGCACAUCGACACCAAGCAAGUUUUUGAAGAGAAAACUGAGUCUUGCUCAGAUAUUGGCAACACCUUUCCCCUGACAAAACAUGUAGAUUUGUCCGAGGAAAAUGUGGAUAAAGCAUGCCUCAGUGACUCGAAAGCAAUUCCUGUAUCGGGGGAGAGCGUAGUCCAUAUGGCGGGAAAUCAGGUUGACCUCCGGCCAGUUGGUGAAAGUGAAUGGAGUGAUAUUCAGGCAACAGAAUCAAGGAUAGCUGACGUAAGAGAAAUCGGUCCCGAGAAUGAAACAAGCAGCUUGGAUAUUCCAGUUGUUAGCCAACCAAUCAACAACCAUCACGAGCAAGGGGGGAAUUCUUUUGAUCAACCGUGAAAAUAAAUUUGUAACUGGAUUUACAAAGUAUAGAAGCGAUGUUAAACAAUGUAGGGAUUCGUAAACCAUAUGAAAGUGAGUUAUUGAAGAUAUGUAAACUUGGUUGGUGUAAUUUCUUUAUUUAAUUGCAUAAACUAACAGGUUUAUUUACCUAUAA